AACAUGGCUAUACUGAUCUCCCUUCUACCGCACAGUAACCAAUUAAACGAACGUUCAAAAAGAUUAUUUUUUAAAACCAUGUGACUGUUAGAAAUUACUCAAAUAUAUCUUUUCAGGUGACACAGCAUUGAAUAUAUGUACCUAAACGCUGCCACUAACACUGUUCCAUCCCAUUUCUUAAAGCUUAGAUUUUCUGUUUGCCCUGUCUCUCAGACGCGCUCCCAGCUCACACAAACACAGAGACAGAAGAAUAUAACUUAGUGUAGCCUUUUCUGAUGUGAUUAAUCACCUGCGUUAAAAAUGCUUUCUCUUCUACGACCUGAAUCAUAUCAUAUGAUAGUAUGAUAUAUUUGCGAGAGUUUUUCAUUUGCCUGCAUACACCCUUUAUAACCACUUGAUGUAGGACUACUUUCAGGGCUACCACACGUUACAGUUCUAAUUCUCACUUCCUCCCACCCUCCCGCCGAUGCAAUACAGCCACACAGAAUUCUUUCGAGACGCACAGAUUAGACUGAAGCCGAACGAACGGUCUUCUGGAAGGCGGAUGCGUAGGAGACACUGUCUUUUCUUUCUUCAUACACCCACCCUCUUUUGAUGACUAGCACUAUCAGACGCUGGAGAAGUCUCCUUCGCCUAGAAGGAUAGGUUCCUGAUCCCAAGAACAGACUCACAUAUCCUAGAAUGACUUUGCAGAUCCACUGGACUAUUCGUUGAUUAAAAAAAGUCGGGGAUCUGAGAGAAACCAAAUGAAUUCUGUAAUCGUUGACCUGACUCAAUGGACUUGAGAUUGUGACUGACAUUUCGUCUUUUGCGUUGGGACUUGCCGUUUGAGGAGAUGAGUGAGGAUGCUCGCAAGGAUCAGUAGGUGAGUCGUAAUACCACACGCUCGACUGCGGCAGGUAGACUAGCACCAGUAUCAUUAUCGGCUUUCUAUAAACAUUGAGCCAACAGAGCUUUGCAGUAGCCCGAACUAAGCGAAGGUGUGGUUCAUAGACAUUGCUGUAGCAUGAAUUCGAAUAUUCUUCUGGUGAAAUGGAGUCGGUACCGCGUAAAGGGUAAUUCUAGAGUGUUUUGACAUAGGCUACAGCAUAUUGGCGCAACGACAGUUUACAUCGUAUAUUUUCACCGCGGCUUUAGCGUAUCCCAUCACUUCGUUGUUGGAAUUUAAAAACGAUGUAGGAUGCAAUCUUUGUUGCCUUGUUCGGCUGGAUACUGCAAGUUACUAAGUGAAGGAAUUAUUGGCAGCCCGCUGUGCAAGAGUGGUGCUUUCACAUUUAUGUGAGUCCGUGCGUCCUCUUCAGGUAACUAGUAGGAUGGUGGCCGCGGAAGCGAGUGGGCACAGCUACCUGGUGGCUUGCUGGCAGCCUAUUCUCAUAUUGAUGCUUGGCACUGUGCUGUCAGGCUCCACCACAGGCUGCCCGUCACGCUGCGAGUGCAAUGUCCAGGAGCGCGCGGUUGUAUGCCACCGCAAGAAGCUCAUGUCCGUCCCAGAGGGCAUUCCUGCUGAGACGCGGCUGCUGGACCUCAGCAAGAACCGCAUCAAAACCAUAGACUCUGAUGAGUUUGCCAGUUACCCAAACCUUGAGGAGCUGGAGCUAAAUGAAAACACCAUCUCUGUCAUUGAACCAGGGGCCUUCAACAACCUCUAUAACUUACGGACACUGGGGCUCCGGAGCAACAAGCUCAAGCUUAUCCAGCUGGGCGUGUUUACAGGUCUGAGCAACCUCACUCAGUUGGAUAUCAGCGAAAACAAAAUAGUCAUUCUUCUGGAUUAUAUGUUCCAAGACCUGUACAACCUCAGGUCCCUUGAGGUUGGAGACAAUGACCUGGUGUUCAUCUCCCAUAGAGCAUUCCAUGGCCUCAGCAGCUUAGAACAGCUCACCCUGGAGAAGUGCAACCUGACUGCCGUCCCCACAGAAGCCUUCACCCACCUCCCUAGCUUGAUCUCGCUCCGCUUACGCAACCUCAACAUUAACAUCAUCAAGGAUUAUGCCUUCAAAAGGCUCUACCGACUCAAAGUGCUUGAGAUUGCCAACUGGCCUUUCCUUGACACCAUGACAACAAACAGCUUGUAUGGUUUAAACCUCACUUCUCUGACCAUCACCAGUGGUAAUCUUACGUCCAUUCCCUACGUGGCUCUCCGACAUCUGGUCUACUUGCGUUUUCUCAAUAUGUCAUACAACCCCCUUGUCACCAUCGAGGGUAAUAGGCUUCAUGACCUCCUUAGGCUUCAAGAAUUUCAUCUGGUGGGCGGCAGGCUUGCUGUUAUCGAGCCCUAUGCCUUCAGAGGCCUAAAUUAUCUUAAGAUCCUCAAUGUGUCUGCAAACACUCUGACCACGUUGGAAGAAUCUGCUUUUCAUUCGGUAGGAAACUUAGAGACGUUGGCUUUGUAUGACAACCCCCUGGCUUGCGAUUGUAGGCUUCUGUGGAUUUUCCGUAGACGAUGGAGACUCAACUUCAACCGGCAACAACCAACCUGCGCCUCUCCUGAGUUUGUACAAGGCAAGGAAUUCAAGGAUUUCCCGGACAUCCUCCAACCCAACUACUUCACUUGCCGCAGGUCGAGAAUCCGUGACCGCAAGCCACAGCAGAAAUUCAUUGAUGAAGGGACCACUGUCCACUUUGUAUGUCAAGCAGAUGGUGACCCUGCUCCAGUCAUCAUGUGGUUCUCCCCACAGAAGCAGUUUAUCACUACCAAGACCAUUGGGCGUCUUACAGUGUUUCCUGAUGGCACCCUUGAAGUGAGGUAUGCGCAGAUCCAGGACAACGGAACAUACAUGUGCAUAGCCAGCAAUGCCGGUGGCAAUGACACUGCGCUAGCCCACCUGCAUGUUCACAGUUACUCUCCAGAUUGGCCUCAUCAGCCCAACAAAACCUUCGCUUUCAUAUCUAACCAGCCCAAUGAGAAUGGUGCCAAUGGGACGAAAGCCGCCGUCCCCUUUCCCUUCGACAUAAAAACCUUGAUCAUCGCCACCACCAUGGGGUUCAUCUCUUUCCUUGGUGUCGUUCUUUUUUGUCUCGUGCUGCUGUUUUUGUGGAGCAGGGGUAAAGGAAACACCAAGCACAACAUAGAGAUCGAAUAUGUGCCACGCAAGUCCGACGCUGGUAUAAGCAGCAGUACCGCAGAUGCCCCUCGCAAAUUUAACAUGAAAAUGAUUUAGCACAUUCAGGGGACUUAAUGACUUUGAAAAAAAUAAACCCAUAAAAAUAGGAACAAGAGGAUUCCCCAGUGACCACCCCUGGAUACAGAGUUAAUGUAGUAGCCUACGGCAUUUGAUUUUUCCCCCCAAUUACUUUGAAGGUGGAUAUGAAGGAGAAAUGUUCUUUGUUUUGACUGUACGAGGAAAAAAAAUACCCCAAACUCUACAUGAUGGAUAUUAACAUGGCCUACAGGGACCAUUACUUUGAAAGUGAAUUUUGUCCUAAGACAUUCAAGUUCUUGUGGAUUUGUAUUCAAAAAAGGAAAGUAAAGAAAAAUAUAUAUAAAAUAAACCCUUCUAAAUGUUCCUAUCAAUCACUGGAAUGCAAAAGGCAGGAUCAUCUUUCUCCUUUGCUGCCCUUUUGCCUGCAUUUUUGUAUUCUUUUCUUUUCUAUGGUAUAUUAUAUGUUUUAUUGCUUUGUCAUUCGGAGACAGAAGAAUGGAAGGGGUGAUGAGCACAUUAGUCCAUUAAUCUGUAUAAUAUUACGGCAUACAUUUGAUUUUCAAUUUGUUAACUAUAUCCAGCAACCUCAUUAAACAUUUCUGAUUGAAAUAUAAAAUGUCGAAAGAUGAUCUGAUGACCUGAAGGUUGGUUGAAAUGUUACAUAUUAAAAUUUGGGAGCAAAAUGAAGCAUGCAGACAUCUUUUUUUCUAGGUUUAAUUCUGAAACACCUCAUGAACAGAAUGUAAAAUCUGUUUCAAAAUGUCCUAUUCACAUCGUCCAUAGAGAACGUUCGGUUGAAUACUUCAUCAGUGGGAGGGAUAUUGUGUUGAUUCCAUUGUCAUUUUGUAAAAAAAAAAAAAGAGAGAAAAGAAAACAUUGACUAGCUUUGGAUAAAGAGCUUUACUUAUUCACAACUUCUAUUGACUGGAUGUUGUAUCUAAUCAUUUUCAUCUAGAGAGACGUCUUGCACCUCUAAAGUCAACCAUGCCAAACUAGUAAUGUGCUCAGCAACCCUGCAAACAUUCAGACCUAGAUAUUUGUUUAGUGGAGGUUUGAUUGUCAAAUGUUGCCAACAAAGUUCAAACAACAACAGGAUACGCUGUUCCUGUAACAGACGUACCAGAUCUAAUGUUCAAGGUAUGACAUGUAUAAUGAGACAUGGAAAACAACAUAGGUGUCUAAUGAUGGUUGUGGUGGUGUGUACACUGACCUUACAUUUUCAAGUACACUGUGUGAACAGCUGGGAUUUGUGAAACCACGGAUAAAACCUCAGUUAUGUAUGAUGGAUGACAUAAGAAAUGAUACAGUAAUGGGUUGGAAGUAUGGACUAGAUAUGCAGAUGGAAGAGUCACAGAUGGUUUUACCCAUAGUGAUCUGAAAAGGCUUUGAAGUAAUCUGUUUUUCUGAAGCGUGAGAUGUGGCUCAUGACGAUAACAACUGCUCUCUUUGUUUCAAUGUGACUACUGUGCUGAGCCUUUUUGGUCCUCAUCAGUUCAAUGACAACUCUGAAAAUGUCUUCUUUUUCUGUUUUCAGUUCAACAUAGGACUAUGUGAAUAUGUAGUCCAUGCCAAUUUUGUAUUAAAAUAUCUAAAAAAAAAAAAAAAAUACAAAAUGAAACAUAUGUUCAGUUGUUCUGUGCAAUAAAGGUAAUAUGCAGAUUUUUUUUAUUAACAAUUUUCUUGAUGUUAAAUGGUUGAAAAUAUGGUAUGUUGUAUUAAACAAUCUAUGGAGAUUUUCUAAAAGUUUCACUAGUCCUAUCUCAAUGCAGUUCUAUAACCAUAGGCUUAUAAUUGCAUUACAUGGAGAAACAGGAGGACAAAACAUUAUUCUUAGGUUUCAAAACAAUCAGUCUUCAGCUCUGGAUGAAAUAAAAACGCUUAGGAAAA